GGGAUUUCCCAUAACCGACCUGUCUUUUGGGCAAUCCGGACAGGCAACAAGAACGGCCAGCAAACAAAGAAAAGAACGAGGCUAAAUUCCCAUCCCCCCUUCCUCAUACAUAGCCAAAUCCAAUGGUCUCCAUGGUUGAGACAAGCAAUUCCACACAAAAUGACAACCCGGCCACUGAGCCGGUUGUCCCCAAGACCGAGCCGUUGCCUGAAGGCUCGAUCAGCUCGGCGGUGUCAACACCUGAGGCCGAGGGGGAGAUUCUGAUGCAAGAUGUGACCCAGACUCAGAAGCGCAAAGGGGGAAGAAAACCAAUCUAUGCUACCUCGGAGGAGCGGAAGCAACGCAACCGCCAGGCCCAGGCCGCCUUUCGUGAGCGUCGCACAGAGUACAUCCGCCAGCUCGAGUCCACCAUUAAGCGCAAUGAAGACUCCCUGCAGACCCUCCAGCAGAAUCAUCGUAGCGCCGCUGAUGAAUGCUUGAUGCUGCGCUACAAGAACUCCUUGCUCGAACGUAUCUUGCUCGAAAAAGGAAUCGAUGUGCAAGCUGAGCUGCGACUCAAGGCCGGGGCCCCUGGCGCGGGCGCCGCUAAGCCCACCCCAAUGGCAGCGAAGCCUCCCUCCACCCUCGAGCGUGCUGCCGUAAACCGAACCUCGGCUCAACGGCAUCCUGGCAUCGCUCCCAAGGAGCCCUUCGGCAUGGCUCAACAUCGUGAUGGUGCGUAUGGUAUUCCGUCGCCACAGUUCCAGGCCACGCCUCCGUCCCAUGUCUCCUCUCCGUCCCACGCCAAAUCCCCCGGUUUUCCCUUCCAGGGAGCCAUGUCGCCGGUUGGGGUGGAUCCCCAGGCCCAGCAGCGCUCGCAGAUGCUGUCGCACUCGCGAAAUAUCAGCCAAACCUCGCCGCCGAUGAGCAUCGGCCAGCCGGAGUCGACCGACCCAAAGGCCGCCAUGCCGGGUGGUACGAAUCCCCGAGCUCCCCGCGUCCCCUCCGCGUACUACCCAUCGCCAUUCCAGAAGCACUAUGACCAACUGGAACAGGAGUACGAUGCCCAGGCCGAUAUGAUUGACGAGGAACAUGAUUCCACCGUGGGUGCCUCACCCUACGUCUCCGGCUACAACAAUGCCGCAUCUGUGCCGGCGGGCUCUCACCCCAUGGGAGCUCAUAAUCUCAACCAAUACACCCAACAUGCGGGAGAGGGAGCCAAUGGCGCAUACAAUAAUGCGAACCACCUCAUGGGGAACUAUGAACCUAUGCUGGAUGCCGAUCCAUUUGGAUUGAGUGCUAGCAUGCAUUUCCAGACUCCUUUCAGUUACGAGCAGAAUAAUACCCGCCAUUAACCCGUUUGUUUCUUGUUUUGUAAUCUCACAUCCGGCACUGACUUCCCUCUUUCGGUUCGAGGGAUACCACGGUCGGAAGAGAGAGACACGCUU